CCCCGGGCCCCUCCCCCCAGGACCGGCCAUGGAGGACGAGGAGCGGCUGAGGAAGCUGGAGGCGGGAAAGGCCAAGCUCGCCCAGUUUCGGCAGAGGAAGGCGCGGUCCGAUGGGCAGAAGACAAAAAAGAAGAAGCAGCAGCCGCCCCCGGGCAGCAGGUAUGAGGUGUCCUCGGCCAAAGCUGUGGUGGGCCCGGACGGGGCCCGGGACGACGAGGUGCCGGCGGACGGCCCCGGGCAGGGCCCGACGCCCCGAGCGGCUCCCGCCCGUGGCGGGGCCCGACCGGACCAGGCCUAUGCUGUCGAGCCAGAGAGUGAGAUUUCGACCACGGCUGACGGUUUCAGCUCAGAGGUGAACGGCUGCAGUUUGGGGAGGACAGAAGCACCUCCAAAUGCGAUAAGGGAGGAAGAAGGAGAGUUUGGAGUCGGAGAGGUGUUUUCCGAACGUGGAGCCCAGGACGGGCAGGCCCGCCUUGAGGCGGCGGAGACCGAGCUGGCCGGGAGGCUGCAGGAGAUCGAGGAGCUGAGCAGGGAGCUCGAGGAAGCGAGGGCAGCCUACGGCCCCGAGGGGCUGCAGCAGCUCCAGGAAUUUGAAGCAGCAAUCACGCAGAGAGAUGGCAUCAUCUCCCAGUUGACGGCUCACCUUCAGCAGGCGCGGCGGGAGAAGGACGAGAGCAUGAGGGAGUUUUUAGAGCUGACCGAGCAGAGCCAGAAACUACAGCUCCAGUUUCAACAUUUACAGGCAAGCGAGACGCUGCGAAACAGCACCCACAGUAGCACUGCCGCAGAUUUGCUGCAAGCCCGGCAGCAGGCCGCGACGCAGCAGCAGCAGCUGGAGGAGCAAGGCCGCCGGCUGGUGGAUUAUCAAAAGCAGCAGCAAGAAUUCCAGAAGGAAAUUGCGAUCUUGGAGGAGAAAAUCCAAAGUUCUCAAACGGAGCGCCAUAAAGAGGCGGAAGAGUCGAGGAGCCGAGAGCUGGAAAGAGAAGCGGCGCUAGAGGUGCUGAAAGCCAGGCUGGCAGAAGGAGAAGAAAGGCAUUCCACGGAGCUGAAGGACCACGGGCUGGCCAGGGAGAAGCAGCUGGAGGACCUGCGGGAGCAGAUGGCCCGGCGGGACCGAGAGGUCGCGAGUGCCAGGCUGGAGCUGGCACAGGCUCGCCAGAGGGAGCGGCAGAGCUCGGAAGAGGUGAGGCGGCUGAUGGGCUCCGUGGAGGAGCUGCAGAAGCGACAGCAUGCGGGUGGCUGGGCAGAGCAGGAGGCCCAGCGGAGGCUAGAGCAGCUCCGGGCGGAGCUGGAAGAGACGCACGGGCAGCAGAUCGUCCAGAUGAAGAAGGAGCUGACCCUGCAGCACCUCGCCCAGACGGAGGCCCUGCGCGCCCGGCACCAGGCCGAGCUGGAGAGAGCCGCCGCGCGGGACCCCGUGCCGCCGAUCGACGAGCUGAGGGCACGGCUGCACGAGGCCCUCGCUCAGAGAGACGGACUCUCGCGGGACCUCGUGCGAGAGCGGGAGGUGGCCUCGGCCGAGAAGAGCACCCUGGAGCGGCGGCUGGGGGAGCUGCAGGCCGAGCUGGACCUGGCCCGGGAGCGGGGCCGGCAGGCCGGCGCCGACCUGGAGCGCCGGCUGGCCGAGGCCCUGGGCGCCGCGGAGGACCUGAAGGCCCAGGCCGCGACGGCGGCGGAGGUCACCCGGGAACUGCAGGCCAAGCACGAAGCCGAGGUCACCAACUACCGGAUCAAGCUGGAGAUGCUGGAGAGGGAAAAGGACGCCGUCCUGGACCGCAUGGCGGAGGCGCAGGAGGCCGACCUGGACAGCCUGAGGACCCAGCUUCUGUUCCGCCACGAGGAGGAGCUCUCGCGGCUGAGGGAGGACCUGGAAGGGGAGCACCGGGCCAACGUGGCCCGGCUGAAGGAGAGCCUGGGCCUCCGCCACGAGCAGCAGCUGGAGGGGCUGCGGGCCGAGACGCGCCGGCAGGUGGAAGCCUUGCAGAUGGAGAAGGACGGCCUGGUCACCAGGCAGAAUCAGCUGCUCCUGGAGCUGUCCGCCCUGAGAGACGUGCAGCAGUCCCCGGGGACGUCCGAGGCGGAGGAGACGGCCCGCCGGCUCCGGGAGCUGCAGAAGGAGGUCGAGGGGCUCCGCCGGGGGGAGAACGAGAAGGGAACCCUGGAGCUGGAGGUCCAGGAGCUUCAGCUGAAGGCGGAGCUGCUGGAGAAGGAGCUGAGGGAGAAAGAAGCCCUCCUCCGAGAAGGCCUCGGCCCGCCCGGGGACGGCGACGGGCGCGAGGAGCCCCCGGGCCUGACCGAGGAGAACCGGCGCCUCACCCAGCAGUGCGCCCGACUGAAGGAGGAGGUGGACAGGCAAAGGGACACGUUCUCGUUUGCCGAGAAGAACUUUGAGGUCAACUACCAGGAGCUGCGGGAGGAAUACGCCUGCCUGCUCAAGCUGAAGGCGGAUCUGGAAGAGGGCAGGAGCCGGCAGGAGGCCGAACAUCGGGAGAAGGUCCGGGCCCUGACCCAAGAGCUCCGCCGCCUGCGAGCCUCUGGGCCGGGGGCCCCCCGGGAUGCCGGGGCCCCCGGGGCGGAGACGGCCGAGCCUGGGGAAGUGGUGGAGAAAGACACCACUGAACUGAUGGAGAAACUGGAGGUGACGCAGCGGGAGAAGCUGGAGCUGUCGGAGAGACUCUCGGCUCUCUCCGGCCAGCUGGACCAGAAGCACCGGGAAGUGGACCGGCUUCACGGGCGGGUGGACUCCCUCCAGCGGGAGAAAGAUCAGCUGCUGGCGAUGUGCCGGGAGCUGGAGGCGGUGGCUCAGCGCCAGGGGGCCGACCUCCACGGCGCGCCGGUGGCCCCGGAGCCCAGUGGGGCGGAGGCCGCCUCCCAAGAGUUUCCGCGGCCCCCCGGCCAGGGGGUCCGGGAGAGCCGAGGGUUCGGCGACGGAGCGCAGGCGGCGGAGGCGCGGCCGCCGACGCCAGAAGCCCCUCUCCCUCCCGGCCCGGGAGGCAGGGAGGGGAACCGGCAGACCCGGCUGCCGGAGAAGCGGCCACGCGGGGGCCACUCGGGGCCCCAGAUGAGCGGCCGCCGCCGCGGCCGCCGUGGCCACCGCCGGGCCGGCGAGGCGCCCCCCGGGGCCUCCGCCCAGAAGGAGGAGGGUGACCAACUCCGGCGGGAGCUGGGCAGACUGGAAGCUGAACAGGCGGAUUUGAGGCUCCAGAUGGAGGCCCAGCGCCUGUGCCUCUCCCUGGUGCACUCCACCCACCUGGCCCAUGUCCGUGAGGCCAUGGAGAGCGAGAGGGAGCAAGCGCUUUCCGGCCUGAAGGAGGAACUGGCUUCUGCCCAUGCCCAAGAGCUCGAAGAGCUACAGGAAGCGCAUCGUCUGGAGCUCCGGACUUCCCCGGGGCGUGGGGCAGGCCGGGCGGUGGAGCGGCCGGAUGCGAUCCCUCCGUGGACGGGGGAUGCGGGGGCGGAUUCCCAGUUUCUUAUUGGCAAGCUUUGGGAGGCGGUGUCUGAGGAGUGCUCUUCCUUUACCCAGUCAUUCCUCGAUGGCCUCGGAGAACCAUCCGCCACCACUCCCCAGCGGGGCUUCCCGGAAGAAGAUGGUGGGGAGGCUCCGGACACCCUCACUCCCACGAGGGAAGAACCGGGUUCAGAAGUUCGGGCGCAUCGGGCUGAAGAUCUGCGAGCGGACCUGCGAGCGCUCGUCAGCAGGAUAUCCCAAGAGCACAGCCGGCUUCUGGAGCUUCAGGCCCGCUUGGCGAAGGGCGGCAAAGAGGUCGGAGAAUGGCCGGCUGGAGGCGCGGAAGCGGGGCGACGGCCAGAGGAGGGCGAGAGCCGUGUCUGCCGGGUGGACGACGCCGGCCCCCCGGCCCCUGCCCAGGCCCCCUUUCUGCCGGGCUGUCCCGUUGCCAUCGGAGACCUGGCGGCUGGGGCGUCUCUCUGGGAAGAACCGUCCGGGUUAGCUUCGUCACCGGGAGGAGAGCCCGCCGGAGAGACCGGGAGACCCGAGUCCUGUCCUCAGCCACCGUCGGGAGAUGCGUCGGCGGAGGGAGAGUCUAAUGUCCAGCACCGAUUGCGCCCCGUCUCCCCGCCGGACCCCGGGCGGGGGAACAGUGGUCCUGGGAGGCAGAUGCAGAGGCACGCGGACCUUCCGGUGAAGGUGGAUGUCGGAAGGGUCGUCCCCGAAGACGAACCAGACGCAGAUGUUGUCCGGCAGCUGGAACGGCGCUACCAGGAGAGGCUGGAGGAGGAAGUAGCCAAGGUGAUCGUGUCCAUGAGCGUCGCGUUCGCUCAGCAGAGCGAACGGGCCCGGCUGUCGGGGCUGAGGGAAGCCCACGCCCCGGGAAGGCGAACGCACGCACCCUUCCGGCCGGAGCAGAGCCUGGCCAGCGAAAUGGAACUCGCCGACGGUGAACCGGCACCGCCACCCUGGGGUGCCCACGUCUCCACCUUUCAAGAGGAAUUGAAGGCCCUUAGCCAAGGACUGAGCGAGGACGAGUCCCGGAAGAUUCUCGUGCUGGGAAGUGAACGUGGAGAUGGGGAACUCGAGCUGGAGGCCCGGGAGCUGGCUUGUGCAGGACGAGUCUUCCCCAGAGACCAAGACUUCGUUUUGAAAGACACGAUGCGGCACGACGUGCCAGAGGCGUCCCUGCAGCUGCGGCUGCACGAGGAGAAGCUGGAAGACCUGCGCCAGGAACUGGUACGCCAGUGCGAGGAGCACCAGCAAGUUACGGAGCGGCUGCGCCAGGCCCACAUGCGCCAGAUGGAAAGGCAGCGGGAAGACCAGGAGCAGCUCCAGGAGGAGAUCCACAGGCUGAACAGGCAGUUGGCCCAGAGUUCCUCAGUAGACACUGAAAACCUGGUUUCUGAGCGAGAGAGGGUGCUCUUAGAGGAGUUGGAAUCCUUAAAGCAGCGGGCUUUAGCUGGAAGAGAGCAGCUGUGCUUUCAGGUGCACAGCCGCAGUACACAGACCCAGCUUACACAGGAGGAACCCGACCUCUCUGAGGAAGCCCAGGAGCCCAUCCCCGGUGGGGAGGAGCGGGAGAGAAACGCGGAAGACGUGGCUCCCGACGGCCUGUCCGCAGAGAGACACGCCCUGCGUCAGGCCAACCGCCGGCUCCUGAAGGGACUGCUGGAGGUGGCGAAGACGACGGUCGCGGCGGAGGAGACCAUCGGCCGCCACGUCCUGGGACUGCUGAACCGGUCUGGAGGAGGCCCGCCAGCCGAGGGGCCCACGCCGCCCCGCCCCUGCGAGACCCACCCUGAAGGAGAGCCUGCGGCCCCCUUCUUGGAACGCGAGGGGCCGGGUCGCGCCCCCGGCCCGUGGACGGAGGCGCCCGGCGGAGGAGAGGACCUGUGUCAGCUGGUCCUGCGGAGCGGCUCGGCGGGCCCGGACGUGGGCCCCGAGAGCGAAGAGCUGGCCCUGAACGUCAGCUCCCGACUCCAGGCGGCCGUGGGAAAGCUGCUGGAUGCGAUCAACACCACCAGCGACCAGCUCGAGCAUGCCAGGGUGGCCCAGACGGAGCUGCUGCGCGAGUCGUCCCGCCAGACGCAGGAGGCCGCGGAGUUGCUGCGCUGCCAAGAAGAACUCCAGGAGCGGCUCCGGGAAGAGGGCAAGGCCAGGGAACAGCUGGCCGAGGAGCUCAGCAAAGCCGAGGGUGUCAUCGACAGCUACGCGGACGACAAGGCCCUCCUCGAGCGGGAGGUCCAGGAAAAGACGGACGCGAUCGGCCGGCUGGAGCAGGAGCUGCUGCGGGCAGGUAACAGGUUGCAGGAGUUGGAGGCUGAGAGGCAGCAGGUCCAGGAGGAGAAGGCUCUGCUCUCCCGGCAGAAGGAAGCCCUGAGCGCGGAGGCGGGCCCCGCCGAGCAGCGGCUGCUAGGUGCUGCAGUUCAUGCAGCUCUCCAAGCAGAGUUCCUUCAAGAGACAGAGAAACUGGCCAAGGAAAAGCUGGAUGUGCAGCGCCAGGCGGAGAAAGAGCGCGAUGACCUGCAGAAGCAAGUGAGGACGCUGGAGGUGGACGUGGAAGAGCAGGUCAGCCGCUUCCUUGAGCUGGAGCAGGAAAAGAAUGCCGAACUGGCGGACCUAAGGCAGCAGAACCAGGCCUUGGAGAAGCAGCUGGAGAAGACGCGCAAGUUCUUGGACGAACAGGCGGUUGAUCGAGAACACGAGAGAGAUGUGUUCCAACAAGAGAUCCAGAAGCUUGAGGAGCAGCUGAAGGCGGUCCCCAGAUUCCAGCCGGUCAGCGAGGAGCAAGCCCGAGAGGUGGAGCAGCUGACGGAGCAGCUGAAGGAGAAGACGGACCGAUGCAGCGAGGGGCUGCUGGCUGCGGAGCAGCUGCAGAGGGACCUGCAGGAGCGUGAUGACCAGCUGGACAGGCUGGGCUGCCGACUCAGGGAACUGGAGCAGGCCCUCGUCCUUGGUCCUCACGGCCGGCCCGAGGCGGAGGAGCAGCAGCGAGCCGGAGCCGCAGACGGGAAAGGAGAGCUGGCCCUGGAAGCCCAGCUGCAGGUGGAACGUGAGGCUGUGGACAGGAAGGAAAAGGAGAUAGCCAACUUGGAGGAGCAGCUGGAGCAGUUUCGGGAAGAACUGGAAAAUAAGAAUGAAGAAGUCCAGCAGCUGCACAUGCAGCUGGAGAUCCAGAAGAAGGAAUCCACCACCCGCCUGGCCGAGCUCCAGCUGGACAACCAGCUGUUUAAGGAGGAGCUGGGACGGCUGGGAUUGGCGGUCCAGGGCUCCGAAGGCACCGUGGCACCGGACCCUCAUCUCAUCGUUGGGAAAUUUGCCCGGAUCCUCCAGGAAAAGGAACUGGAAAUCCAGGAGCUGAACGAGCAGAUGGCCAAAUUGCAGCAGCAACUGGAAACUGCCGCAGAUAACAAGGUUAUUGAAGAGAAGAAUGAACUGCUCCGGGAGCUAGAGGCGCAGGUGGAACGCUUGAAGAGCGACCGGGAAUGGGUAAAGAAGAGGAGCCAGGAGGAGGUGGAACAGUUGAACGACGUGAUUGAGAAACUGCAGCAGGAACUGGCAGGCUUGGACCAGAAGGAGCCUGUCGGCGGGGCCCUCCCCCCGGGGGGUGCGGACAGCCUGAAGCGACAGCUAGAAGCCGCUCUGGCGGGGGACACCGAGGCCGUGGCCACGGGAGCCGCUGACACGGUGGCCCUGGAGCCCCGGGGGCAAGCUCCGGCCAAGGAGGUGGUCGUCUCUGGUCCGGGGCCCUGGGCCGGGGAGGCGCAGCGGGAGCAGGAACCCAGAGCCCCGGCGAGUGGUCCGGAGAUCUCCGGCGUGGGGCCGCAAGGGAGAGGUGCAGCGGGAAGCCCGUCCGGGCUCCAGCGGGGACAUUCUGAGGGCCUCGUGAGCCGGGGCCCCCAAGCCCUCGCCGAAGAGCGGCCAGAAGCUCCGGCGCCGGGUUGGACUCACUCCCAGCUGAAGGGCACAGGCGAGCAGGCCCCGGCCGAGACGACCUCGAGCCUCCCGGAGGCGCUGGGGCAGAGAGUGGAUGCCGAGAGCCAGGCGCCGCCCCGGCCUGCUCCGGAGCCCGCAGACCUCCAGCGGGUGGCCCUGGGGCUGCCUGGGUCCCUCUCGGGUCCAGCUGGGGAGACCGUCUCCAGUCUCGGCGCGUUGACCCUGAGGCUCGCCGAGCCGGAGGGUCAGCUGGCCGACGCGCAGUCCCGCUUGCUCCUGGAAAAGGAGCAGGUGGGAAUUGCAAAGAGGAGCGCUCCCGAGAAGGAAGCAGAUCUGCAGGAGCUGAAGACUCGCCCGGCGCAGAGCGCGGGGGAUGGCGUAGGGGCGGAGGACGGACAAGGGCCUCGUCAGGGGACUGCAGGAGGCCCCAAGGGCCACAUCGAGGAAGCUCAAGGGAAUAGAGCAAGCGAGUUGGUGGCCGAGCUGGUCCUGACUCGUGCCGAGCUCAUGGCUGCCAGAGAGCAACUGACCAGCUCCAGGCACCAGGUGGAAAAGCUCCAGGAAGAACUCGUGGGGAGAGAGUCCCAGGCAGCCACCCUGCAGGAGGAGCUGGAGCAGGCCCGGGGCCGCCUCGCGGGUGCGGAGGAGAAGCUCGCGGGCGCCCUGAGGCGGGAGGAAGAGCCGGCUGCCCUGGACGGCCGUCGGAGCCCCACGCCCCGUCUUGACCACUCACCGUCAGGACCCGCUGCCAAUGGCCAGGAGCCCGCGGCCCAAUCCCCGGGCCUGGAGGCGAGGCCCGGCGCGGAAAUUCAGGUGUCGGAAAAGGAGCGCACGAGCACCGUUCAGCUGCUGACGGAGGAGUGCGCCAACCUGAGGGUGCUGGGAGAGUGGCUGAAAGUUAAAGAGGGAGUAUCGGUUCCUGGGGUGGCCCCGUCCGACUCUUCCCAGACCAGAGGACCGGGCUCCAGUGAUUCUGGGUCGGACUGGAGUCGAGGAAUCUGUCUCGCUCAGAGUCAGGGAUUCGAUACCGCCUCGGAAGGCCCGGGAGAAGAAGCCGACGGCUCGGCGGACUCUUUUCCGAAGAAGAUAAAGGGGCUGCUGAGGGCGGUCCACGAGGAGGGCGUCCACGUCCUCUCGCUCACGGAGCCCCCCUUCCCGGACACCGACCCUCCGGCCGCGGAGCGGGCCCCCGGGCCCUGGCGGGAGGAACGGGACGCCUAUCUCAGCACCAUCUCCUCCCUGCGGGCUCUCAUCGCCACCAUGCGAGAACCUGAGCCCCUUGAGGUGCGCGAGAGCCCCCAGGCUCCAGCGAGCGCGCCAGACUGGAGGAGCGAGCUGCUCAGAGCCCUCCAAGACACCUUUCUCCAGGAAUGGGGGCUGCUGCUCGCGGCCCUGCGGACGGAGCUGGCGGUCCGAGGGGCCGAGGAUGCCCGGGGGUCGCUGGACCAGCUGGAGCGGAGGCUGCAAGAGCAGGGCCGGGUGCAGGCAGCCGCUCUGGACGGGCUCCUGGCUGCCGACCGCAGGAGUCUGCUGAUGGAAGUCCGCAGUCUCCGGGAUCAGACGGGCCGGAGCGGCCGGACCGCGGAGAGGGACGCCGGAAGUGGUCUCCCGAGGCCCGGGUCGCCUGGAGGAUGUGGGGAGGCCGGAGCGGGUGCGCCAUGGGAGAGGGUGGACGUCGCCGAGCUGAAGAGCCAGCUCGCGCAGGUUCGGCUGGAGCUGGCCGCGGCCCUGCAGGCCCGACACCGGCAGGCUCAGGAGCUGGAGGCCCUCAGGGCGGAGCUCCGAGGGAAGAAGGACGAGGUGGACGCGGCGAACGAUUCGUUGGCCGCCGAGCAGAGGAAGGGCCGGGAGCUGCGGUGGGCCCUGGAGAAGGCCGAGGCCCAGGCGGCUCGCAGCCAGGACAGGGGCAGAGAAGAACUGGAGGACCUGCGGCUGUCGCUUGAGGACCAGGCGCAGAGGAACGUUGAGCUGAGCCGUCUCGUCGCCCAGCAGCGGCAGCAGCUGAGCGACCUGCGGGAGAAGACGGAGUCGCGGGAAACCCUGCACGCCGCCCAGCUGUCCGCGGAGCGGGGCUGGAGUGCCGAGCUCCAGCGGCUCCUGGACUCGGAGAAGGCCCGGGAGCCCGAGGGGAGCGCGGUGGCGGAGCAGGGCGGCACGCACGCCCCGCCGCCGGCCCGGGACGGGGAGGCGGCGGAAGAGGCGGCGGCCGAGCUGCGGAGGCAGGUGCAGGAGCAGCAGCGGCGGCUGGCGGAGCUGGUGCGGGAGGCGGAGGCGUCCAGGCUGGAGUCUCUGCGGGCCGGGCAGCAGCUGGAGCGGGAGCGCCAGGCACAGGGGGCCGCCCUGCGGGCCGCCCAGGAGGCCCAGGCGCAGGGGCGGCAGCGGCUGCAGGCGUCGCAGGCCCGACUGGAAGAGCUGCAGGCGCAGCUGGACGGGAGGACCCAGCAGGUGCGCAGCCUAGAGCGCGAGUGCCGCCGGUCGCAGGGAAUCGUGCAGGACCUGCGGAACCAGCUGCGAGCCCGAGAAGGGAAGGGGGGGGCCGGGCGAGCCCCUGACCCGAUGCUCAGCGAAGAGCAGGCUCCCUGGGACCUCCCCAGCGACAGAACGAGGAACUGGGUGCUCCAGCAGAAGACGGACAGGGUGGGCGUCAACGGGGAAGAUGGCGGGGCCGGAGAGUGUCGGGGGCCGGUGCAGCAGACCCUGCAGCACGUGGCUUCGCGGCUCGAACGCCUGGCUCAGAAAGCCUCCAGCAGGCUGCCCUUCGACACGGAGGACGACGAGGAUUUUGCCUGGCUGCAGAGAGACGUCGACGGCGUCAUCUUCCGACUGCUGAAGUGGCCCGGGCCUGCGCAGCCCGGGGAGGAGCUCCCCGCGGGGACCCCGGGCGGCCCGGGGUCGGCGCUGACGGAGAGGCUGCUGAGACAGAGCGCGGAGCUGACCGGGCACGUCAGCCGGCUGACCGCCGAGAAGAACGACUUGCGCCACGCCAUCCUGAAGCUGGAGGAGGAGGUCAGAUGGUAUCGGCAGAGAGGAUCCUGGGGCGGCGACGACGACCCCGGCGGUCCUCACCUGGCCGGAGUCGCCGCCCGCCCCGAUGCCCUUCCCGCCUGUGAGCGCCAGGCCUGGAGCCGGGAGAAGGCAGCGCUGCAGCGGGCCCUGAGGCGGGCACAGGCCGAACUGGGCAGGCUCAAGGCGGAACUGAGGAACGAAACCCUGCUGCGGGACCUCGGCCUCGGCCUGGAUCCGGACAGCGCCGUCCUGAAGAGGAUGUACAGCCGGUUCCUGCGGGCCGAGGGUUACCGAAAGGCCCUGGUCUACCAGAAGAAAUACCUGCUGCUCCUCCUGGGAGGCUUCCAGGCGUGUGAGGAAGCCACCCUGGUCCUCAUCUCCCGCAUGGCGGGGCAGCCGGCCCCUGCGGCCCCGGAACCCGGCCCGCCGCCACCCCCGGCCCUCACCAGGUUCCGCUCGGCCGCCCGGGUGUCGGUUGCGAUCUCCAGGAUGCGGUUCCUGGUUCGCCGGUGGCAACGGCUGGCAGGAUCUGGCCCCACCGUCGCCAUCAGGGACGGCCCCGGGUCCGGCUCAGGACCGUGGCCGGAGCUCGGGGUGGAACGCACGUGCCUGCCCCCGGCCGGGCUUCUGGAGCUGUUGGUGGAGCAGAGAGCCGCCGCCGCCGCCGCCCCGUACCGCUACAGGGCGGAUGGGGACCGCCCUCACUCUGCCGGGCCCUCCCCUCACAGGUUCCCCGCCGACCUCGGCCCCGCCUCGCUAGCCUGUUCCCAGCUGCAGAAUUACGAUCCCGACCGGGCGCUGACCGACUACAUCGGCCGGCUCGAGGCCCUGCAGAGGCGGCUCGGGAGCGCCCAGCCAGGGUCUUCCGCCGUCCACGCCGGGGGGAGGAGAUGAUGGCCGAGCCCUCCCCCCGCGGCGGCCGGAUCGGAGCCCGCGGGGAAGUGUCGCCUUUCGUACGCUUGUGCCGCCUCCGUCCGUCCAUCUGUGCUUCCGUGACGUGUAGAUGCCGGGCCCGACACCGCACGUAGGCCGAGCGGGAGGGAGUGGCGGCUCCCCGGCAGUGGCCGUCGCGCUCCGCGCCGCCCCCCCCCCGA